CGAGGUACCGAGGUUAUGGGCAGCCAGGAGGUGCUGGGCCAGGCGGCCCGACUGGCUUCCUCCGGUCUCCUCCUGCAGGUGUUGUUUCGAGUGAUUACCUUUGUCUUGAAUGCAUUUAUUCUUCGCUUCAUGUCAAAGGAAAUUGUUGGCGUAGUGAAUGUAAGAUUAACAUUGCUUUACUCUACUACUACCUUCCUGGCCAGAGAGGCCUUCCGCAGAGCUUGUCUAAGUGGAAGUACCCAAAGGGAUUGGAGCCAGACCCUCAACCUCCUGUGGCUAACAGUCCCCCUGGGUGUGUUUUGGUCCUUAUUCCUGGGCUGGGUCUGGUUGCAGUUGCUUGAAGUACCUGAUCCUGAUGUGGUCCCCCACUAUGGAACUGGAGUGGUACUAUUUGGUCUCUCAGCAGUGGUGGAACUUCUUGGAGAGCCCUUCUGGGUCUUGGCACAAGCACAUAUGUUUGUCAAACUUAAGGUGAUUGCUGAGAGCCUGUCAGUAAUCCUUAGGAGCAUCCUGACAGCUUUUCUUGUACUGUGGUUGCCUCUCUGGGGAUUGUACAUUUUCUCUUUGGCCCAGCUUUUCUAUACUUCCGUUCUGGUGCUCUGCUAUGUUAUUUAUUUCACAAAGUUACUGAGUUCCCCAGAAUCAACCAAGCAACACACUCUUCCUGUCUCCAGAAUAACAGAUCUGUUACCCGAUUUUACCAGAAACAGGGAUUUUGUAAAUUGGAAAGAGGCUAAAUUAACCUGGAGUUUUUUCAAGCAGUCUUUCUUGAAACAGAUUUUGACAGAAGGCGAGAGAUAUGUGAUGACAUUUUUGAAUGUUUUAAAUUUUGGUGAUCAAGGUGUAUAUGAUAUAGUGAAUAAUCUUGGGUCCCUUGUGGCCAGGUUAAUUUUUCAGCCAAUAGAGGAGAGUUUUUAUAUAUUCUUUGCUAAGGUGCUGGAGAGGGAAAAGGAUGCCACACUUCAGCGGCAGGAGGACUUUGCUGUGGCUGCUAUGGUUUUGGAGUCCUUGCUCAAGCUGGCCCUGCUGGCUGGCCUGACCAUCACUGUUUUUGGCUUUGCCUAUUCUCAACUGGCUCUGGAUAUCUAUGGAGGGGCCAUGCUUAGCUCAGGAUCAGGUCCUGUUUUGCUGCGUACCUAUUGUCUCUACGUCCUCCUGCUUGCCAUCAAUGGAGUAACUGAGUGUUUCACGUUUGCUGCCAUGAGUAAAGAGGAAGUUGACAGGUACAAUUUCACAAUGCUGGCACUGUCAUCCUCAUUCCUGGUGCUGUCCUAUCUCCUGACCCGUUGGUGUGGCAGCGUGGGCUUCAUCCUGGCCAACUGCUUUAACAUGGGUAUUCGGAUCACACAGAGCCUUUGCUUCAUCUAUCGCUACUACCAAGAGAGCCCACACAGGCCCCUGGCUGGCCUGCACCUGUCGCCAGUCCUUCUUGGGGUAUUUGCCCUCAGUGGUGGUAUUACUGGUGUUUCAGAGGUCCUCAGCAGCAGAGUACGCACACCCAGAACUGUGUCCCAACCUCUGCAAGUUCCAGCACACUCACUUUUGGAGACAUCUGCCCUCCUCCAGCUUGUCAACCUAAAAAAGUACACCAUGUCCCACAUUGAACAUAACAAGUUUGAAGGCCAGCUGCUGUGGGCUGCUUCUAAAAACAUUGGAAAGGCAUGAAUGGACUCUGCCAGGUAUGUGAAUGGCCUCCCGGGCCCACUGAGGACACGCCUCACCCCUACAUAGCUUUGCUCACCAAUUACUGGUAUCUUCCCCUGGAACUCCUAGACUGAUCCAGAAACUUGUGUUUACUUCUUACCCUAAAAAAAAAUUAAAAAGAAAGAAAGAAAGAAAAAGAAAAAACCAACCAUUGUCUCUCCCCAGUCAGCCCCUUUGGCUUAAUCUCUGAGAGCUCGGUUUUGUUUGUUUUUCUUUCACUGCACUGGGAAUAAGGAUGCCAAGUUCAAGUCAACUGGCUUUCUCCUUCCAGAAGUGGCUGAGAGGAAAAGGUCAGAAUUUAGCAUGGGCACAGGGUCCUGAUAAGGUGGAAUUUUCCCACAAAGGGAUGUGUGUUCUGUUCCUAUUAGGACUCAUGUUUUGUGAUACCAGACAUAUCUGGACCUGGCACUGAUCCUUGGUGAGGCAUGAGGUUGUUGAUUUUAGUGUAUGAAGCAUAUCUGAGUGGCAAGGGUCCAUUGGGCCUUUCUCUACCUAGUUCUGCUCAUCCUCAAAGAGCCAUGGCUGGGGUGUACCACAUAGCCUGCUGCUACAGGCCUCCCUCAUUUCUGUUGGCCUCUGUGAGACAUGCCUCAAAUCUGUAGGGACUCCAGUGGCCUUUGCAGCCUGAAGAUGAUAUUUUACCCUCAACUAUGUUGUCUCUUGGACCAAAGGACAGCUGUUGGUCCACAUAAUCAACAGAGCUAGAGAGCAGGAGGGGAGAGUCGCAUUCUAAUCCCAACCGUGCCUCUAUCUCUUCAGAAGGUUCCAGGGAAAGGUGGGGGUGGCUUUGCCUCCUCCCCAUGUACAAAAGGCUCCAAUCCCUCCCUGCCCAGCGUUGCUUCAAGGUUGUUAUGGAGGGCAUGGGGAAGUCAGUGUUUAGCAGUCCUUUGGAGUAGAACAGAGAAGGGGGAGACAGUAGGCCUGUGGACUAUAAGGCUAGAGCCUGGGCCUUGGCUCAUGUUUAGGCAAGGGAGCCAGACUAGUGCAGAAGUCACCAAGGAAAUUAAAAUAGCUUCACAUAGGGGCUGGGAUUAUAGCUCAGUGCUAGACCAACUAGCCUAGCACAUGUGAGGCACUGGGUUCAAUCCUCACAUAAAAAUAAAUAAAGUAAAGGUAUUAUGUCCAUCUACAACUAAAAAAUUAAAAAUAUGUAUAUAUGUUCAUGUAAGCUGGGCCAUGUAAGCCGGGCUCAGUGGUGCGUACCUCUGAUCCCAGCUACUUGAGAGGCUGAGGCAGGAGGAUCCCAAGUUCGAGGUAAGCCUCAGUAACUUAGUGAGACCUUGUCUCAAAAUAAAAAAUAAAAAAGGCCGAUUGUGUUUCCUGAUCUUAUCUACUGUUAUCAUUACAUAUUUGAUGUCCUUUUUUUUUUUUUUUUUGUACCAGGGAUUAAACCCAGGCAUGCUUAAUCACUGAGCCAUAGCCCCAGCCCUUUUUAUGUUUGUUUGUUUGAGACAGGGUCUCACUAAGUUGUUUAGGGCCUCGCUAAGUUGCUGAGGCUGGCUUUGAACUUGCAAUCCUCCUGCCUCAGCCUCUUGAGAAGCCGGGAUUGUAGGCAUGCACCACCAUGCCCAACUUUUCAUAUUUUUUGAUAGUAAAUUAUGUAUAGCAAACUAUAAAUUGCCCUAAGGGAAGCCAAUGUCCUGUAUACAUACACAGACUGCACAUUCUGCCCACUGCUUCUUUUCUCUUUGCUUAACUGCAGUGAUCCUUUUUGCUAUAUGUUGUACCAUUGGAGGUUGUUUCUAGAUGUGUGCUAUUAUAAACUUGUAGAGAAUAUCCUGACAUAGAGACCUCUAAACCUAGCCUGUGUUUGCAAUUUGCCUCUCUGUAAUCUCUAGUAACAAACUUCACUGCCUGCCAGCACCAUCCUCGCCAAGGGAGCACAGGGUGAAGGGAGCCUGCUCAAGACACAGUGAAUGAGUGACUAGCCCCAGUGAAGCUCAGGACUCAGGACCUGUUGGCUAGGGUACCAGGUUGCUCCUUUCACUUGGGUUCCAUAUCAGAAAAGGGCUUCACACAGUGCCAGGCAUCUAAUUAGGGGUCAGUAUUAACUGUGACAUCAUGGCAGCCUGUCACUAUGCCUUUCAAUUGCUGCCUUUUCCAUGGCAGAACCAGGAAACCCUGCAGGGACAGUGGAGCUUGCUGUCCCUGCUGAGCAUAAGCCAGCAAUUAGGACCUGGGCGGCCAGGCUAAUGGCCUCCUCAGCCACAGACAGGUGGGUGUGCCUCGCUCAGUACCAGAGAGUGCUCUGAGAGUGUGCUGCUGCCACAAGUAAUUGCUUCCCCUGAAGCUGUUCCUCUGGGUGUUGGUAGUCAUGCCUCGGCACUCCCCUUAGGGAAUCUGAUUAUCCAGCCCAGCUGGAUGGGGAACUAGGAUACAAAAGCCACCUACCAAACAGAAGAAGCAGAACAGCUGCUCCAACUCUUUCCUUGGGAUGAUGUGGCCUCCACAGGCAAGUGGCUUUGGAAGGUGCCUUAUUUCCUGCCCAGAGGCCUGGGCUGCCUCUUAGGCUUGAGGCCCAUAUUUGUAGUACUCCUAUGUGCUUGGGGAGGGUUUCUGAGCUGCCUGGCCUGUGGUAGGUAGACUCCAGAGUCACCAUUUUUUUUUUCAAGUUGUAGAUUGACACAGUAACUUUGUUUGUUUGUUUAUGUGUGCUGAGGAUUGAACCCAGUGCCUCACACAUGCUAGGCAAGUGCUCUACCACUGAGCCACAACCCCUGCCCAGAACCCAGAGUCUUGACUUCAGGUUCACACCUGCUAUGGGCUUUGGCAUAGACCGACUGGUAUGGACCUGGGUCCCAGAUCUGCUGUUUCUUACUCCAUGGCCUUGAACAGCAGGCUCAACUUGCAUGCUCUCUAUCUAAAUCCUACCAGCUUUUAUUUUUAAUUUUUCUUUUGAUAAAAAAAAACACACACACAUAAGUUUUAAAAGUCAAACACUAAAUGGUUGCUAACGCAGGUUCUGUUCACCAUCACAAAUUCCCCAGUUCUUGUCCCACUCCAUCCAGUUGUCUAUUUCUUUUCUUUUUUUCUUUUAUUAUAACUGGGGAUUUAACCCAGAAGCAAUUUACCACCGAGCUACAUCCCCAGCCCUUAUUGUUUUUGGGUUUUUUGUUUGUUUGUUUGUUUUGUUUUUUGUUUUUUUAGACAACUUAACAGGGUCUCACUAAGUUGCUUUGGGCCUUGCUAAGUUGAUGAGGCUGGGUUUGGACUUGGCAAUCCUCCUGUCUCAGUCUCCUGAGCCACUGGAAUUAUAGGCGUGCACUACCACACCCACCCUUUAUAUUUCUAAGUCAUUCACAUAUAUUGUCAUUUCUUGCUCUUUCACCUGAAUAUCAUUGCCUUCCUAUGAGGGGAAAAGUGAGUCUAAUAACCACCUUUCCACACCCACUCAUCCUUCCAAGGUUAUGAUUUGGGGGAAAUUGCUAGUCAAUGUUUACAUGCUUUAAACUACUGUAUAUAAACAUUUUUUUUCCUAGUAAACCAAAAGUGGUGGUAUUCUAUUAUUGUGCUAUAAUCCUUUUUUUUUUAAUUAAGCUAUAAUUAAAUAUCUCAUCUUAUUCGUUUAGUUUUUUUGUUUGUUUGUUUGUUUUGGUGCUUUACGCUCUUCUUUAUAAAAUCUGGCUAAACACCAUAAAGCUUUUCUCAACAUGACUAAUCCCUCAAAUUGUGGCUUUUGUGUUUUCCCCAGAGGUGUUGCACCAGAAACCCCUCACCCUCCCAUUCACUCUCACCAUCCUGUCCACUGGCCCCCAGAGUGAAGAGACUGAAAAUCAGUGAGGUAGAAAAAUUGAGGCAGAAAUGCAACCCUGGCAGGAAAUGGAGUUAUGGUCAAUGGUCAGCACUUGACCCAAGGAUGCUGUAACUCAGUGUGAAUAGCCUACAUGUAAAUAGGACCACUCAGUGGUUUUAAUUGUGGCUUGGGCCAGGGGUCUCUGACCCUGACCACAGAGGACAGAGAGACAGGUCUCCCUGUUCAUCUUAAGUGACCCUUUCUGGUGAGAUUAGCAAGCCCAUUUCCAUCCCUUAUCCCAGGCAUAUCUAAGAACAAGUUAGGCCAUGAGUCUGGCCUGACAGAUCCAUGCUUUUUUUCCCAUGGCGGCUUUUCCUUAAACAUGCUAAACCAGCCUUACCCAAUUGCUGGGCUGAGCACACCUCCUAGGGCUACCAGCACCUGGCACAUCACAAACAGGGCUGCUUUUGGCCACUAUACCUUGUCUUGUCUCCUCCAUACAGCAGGUAUUAGCUCUGAGCCCAUUUCCUGCAAGUUCCCCACUGCAGGCAACUCUUUUUCCAUUGCUGGUCAGAGGAUGCUAAGGUCAACAGUAAGAUUAAGGUGAUAGCCGGGCUUGGUGGCACAUGCCUGUAAUCCCAAUAGUUCGGGAGGCUGAGGCAGGAGGAUUGUGAGUUCAAAUCCAGCCUCAGCAAUUUAGUGAGACCCUAAGCAACUCAGUGAGACCCUGUCUAUAAAUAAAAUAUUAAAAGGAUGUGACUCAGUGGUUAAGCACACCUGGGAACAAUCCCUGGUACCAAAAAAAAAAAAGAUUAAGGUGAUGCUGGAGGCCUAGGCCCAAGAGCCCAAUCACCAAAUGUCCACAAAUAAGCAACUCCUGACUUGGUGCAGCACACAUUCUUGAAUGGGACAGAGAGCCUCCUGAGCUGAGAGCUCUUGAAUGGACACCCAUUAUACCUCACACCAGAGAAGCUUGUGCAUGAUUAGAGGCCUCUGAUGACCACCAUUCAGCUCAUAGGGCUUUCUUACCUUGGCAGUUACACAUGACACUGCCAUCCAUGUGUUCCUGCAAGUCACGCCUAAAGGGUGCUCUGCCACUAGGACUACCAGAGGAGCAUAGGAAGAUGGUGCAGGGCACAUGUUCUCUGCCUCAGUCAGUAAGGGAAAAGGCAUGGCAUCAGAGAGAGAAGGAAGAUGCAUAGAUCUCUUCAUAAGGCUACAUGCUUUCUAAACAGACAAUUUACUGGGAUUUAAUCUACAACUCAGAUUCAAUUGGCUAAGUAAGGAAGAAGAAAGUGUGUGGUUGUCAUGGCAACAUCAAAUUGCCCAGGAUCAGGUUUGUCUCUAAGGAGGGGGAAAGGGGGUAGCAAAGCCAAGCCUCCAUCUUCUUGGCAGGGAUGUUAUGGAAAUUGGGGGAGCAGGCUGGUCCCACUUGCAUGAAGUAGAGAGCAUUCUUCCCACCACCCAGAUCAGGGCUGAGGGCCUGAGCCAUGUGGUGUAUUGCAGAGGGGUCUGGCUGGCUCAGGGACCUCACUGUGGGGCCUGGGGACUCUGAUUGCCCAAGCAUGUCAACUUUCAGACAUCCUCUUGCUGAGGGCCAGUUCUUUUCUUGGGGGCUAGCCCCUCCCAGAGCAUCUUGUCCUGCUCCCUAAUCCUAGUUUUCUUAGCAGAACUUUUGCCUGUUGGCCUGGCUGUGGAUGUGGGCACAGCCUGAGACAUCCUCUGAGUCUGUCUGAAGGAUCAAGGGAACUGAAGCCUCAUCCAGAGAGUGCCAAUCAAAGCUGGUGCUGCCAUUCCUAAAUACUCAGUGCUGCUGGCCUGGCUUCUUCCUCCCCACUAAGAAUAAAAUGGAGUCAGCUAGAGAAGUUGCCCCGCAUGGGCAACCUCGGCCCAUUCCUAGGUGGCUGUAGAUGGCAGGGGAGAAGGCUGCUCAAAUGGGGAAGACUUUAAGCAAUGGGAAAAUUCCCUGGCCCUAAACCCACUUUAUCCCUAUUUGGCUUCUGAUCAUCCAGUGCUCUUGGCCUCCCAAGACAAGGUCCUAUCUCCUCAGCAGCCUCCAAGUCACUCACUGACCAGCUAAGCCCUGCCCAUUCAUCUCUGUGGACCCUGGGCUUGGCCACAGGAGGGGCUCUACUGACACCUAAUACAUAAGAUGAAUGAAUGAAUGAAUGAAUGGUUAACUUGGGUAGUGAGGACUGGGAAUAGAAGAAUUUU